AACUAUUUCUGAAAACCGGAAACAGACCCAAAAAAUGAGGAAACGGAUCGAAAACCUUGGGAAAUCCCUCAAAAAUAUAAGACCAGUAUAAACCGGAAUCCGACCGAAAAAUUGGGGAAACGUAUCCAAAAAAAACGGGAAAUUCCUCGAGAAAUUAGAUUUGAGGGAUUUCCGAUAAUUUUUGAAGAAACAUGGAACGCCUUAAAAAAAAUCAUUUUUGGGAGGUUUCCAUUUUUUUUUUGGGGGGGGGGGGUUCGAUUGGAGAUUAAAUGCAAGUUUGUUCAACCUUUUUGAUGCUCUUAAUCCCAAAACUUUUCCCAACUAAGCGAAUAGAACCCUAAAAACACUUUAGUUCUAAAGGAUAAAAUGAUUUUCAAGAGGGGGGGGGGAGUGGAAUUUUUUCCCUAGAAUAUCUGCAAUGUUCUAAGAAAAGGACGCGAAUGCAUAAUAUACGUUAGAUAAUGAUGUAAUGUUUUCAGAUUAAUAUGGAGCUUCCUUUUGAGGUUCUAAACCAGUCACAGCUUGAUGCUGAGAGAUCUAAAUUAAACAAAAAUAUGCAGGACUUAAAUGCUACAUCUGAAGACAAUGAAGUUCUUAAGAAUAUAAUGGUUGAUCUUCUUAAACUCCAGUUCAGUUUGGAGGACAACUUACUCCUCAUGAAACAGUUAAACUGUUUUCCAACUGAGAAUGAGAAGAAGGAUGUAAUUGUUAAUGCUGGGCGCCUCCAAAUUGCUCUGGUUAGUUCUGUAAAUCAGCUGGGAUUUCAAUGGAUGAGGCGGUGCCCCCUUUUCACAAGUUUAGAAACAGUUUCAGGAGAGCAACCCAGUUCAAGAUCUGAUAUUAAUCCUGUGCUUGAUCAAACUCUGUCCUGUCUGGAAAUAAAAAUCGAUUUCGAUGAAAUGGAUAAUCUUAUAGAUGCUGGAGAAGAAAAAAUCCUUCCACUUUAUUCCAAAUUUACUUCCAACGAUAGCAAAAACCUUCCUGGUUCCAAGGAUCGAAAUGAGAUUUCUUCGGGUACUUUAGAGAAUCUAUCAAACCAUAGUAGUUGUACAGUUACUACUGUGAAAGAAGAAGAACUAGAUAGUAAAGAUUUGAAUUUUUUGGAGUUUUGUGAGAAAAGAAGACUUGGAAAAAGAGGAAAAAGAAAGUUUGCUGAAAUAAAUCAGAAUUCCAUACAGGACUGCAGAGGAAAGGAACAGAAUACUAAUAAAAAUAAGUUCUCAUGUAAUUUUUGCAAUCGAUCUUGUAAAGGAAGACAAAGCUUGAAAAGACACAUGAAGGAAGUUCACGAGAAAUGUAAAUUUUCAUGCCAAUUAUGCCCUUUUGUAGGAAUUGGUGCAAUACAAAUUAGGAGACAUUAUAGGACAGUCCAUCCUGAUAAUUACCAAGAGUUUUUAAACUCAGUCAAAUCAGAGAGUCUGAUGAGAUUACAAUUACAGGGAAAAGUCCCAGAGAUUUUUGAGUUUCCUUGUACUCAAUGUGAUUUUGUGGCAAAAACGGAAUUUAGACUUACGAAACACGGGAAAAAGUUUCAUUUUGUUGAUGAACCAUGUGAGCAUUGUGACUUUGUUGAAAGUCGGAAGGAAAAUUAAAGAGACACCUUCAAAACUGUCACUCUGGACUUUACUUCUGUGAUCAAUGUGAAUAUGUUCAG